GAAUAAAUUUGGUGCUGAAUUGAAGUUCCUGAAGUUCAAACAGAAGACUUUUCAAGAAAGUAAACUGAACUGGGAUCAGACUGCUGAACAUAUAAAGAAUCAGGCCCAGGACACAGAGAGGCAGAUUAAGGAGGAGUUUGAGAAGCUCCACCAGUUUCUACGAGAUGAAGAGGCAGCCAGGAUAGCAGCUCUGAGGAUGGAAGAACGGCAGAAGAGUCAGAUGAUGAAGGAUAAGAUUGAGAAGAUGAGCAGAGAGAUAGAAGCACUUUCAGACACAAUCAGAGCCAUAGAAGAGGGGAUGGAAGUUAAAGACAUUUCAUUCGUACAAAACUACACGGCCACAAAGGAAAGAGCCCAGCACAAACUGCAGGAUCCAGAGAAGCUUUCAGUAGAGCUGCUCAAUGUGGCAAAAUACCUGGCCAACCUGAGGUUCACAGUCUGGGAGAAGAUGCAGGAGAUUGUUCAGUUUACUCCUGUAACUCUGGACCCCAACACUGCUCAUCCUAUACUUGGCCUGUCUGAUGAACUGACCACUGUGAGAGUUGGGGAUGAGAGACAGCAGAUUCCUGAUAAUCCACAGAGAUUUGAUUAUCAGCGUUUUGUCCUGGGAUCAGUGGGCUUUAACUCAGGGACGCACUGCUGGGAUGUUGAAGUUGGAGACAGUAAAUUCUGGGGUCUGGGUGUGAUCAUAGAGUCUGCUAGUAGGAAAGGAAACGUGGACUCCAGGGGUGGAAUGUGGGGGAUGUUGUUGUAUAACGGUGUAUAUGCAGCAAGUGCUUUAACAGGAAAACCCACUUCCCUCCCAAUACAACACAAACUCCGGAGGAUCACAGUGCAGCUGGACUGGAACAAAGGAAAACUGUCAUUCACUGAUUCUCUCAGUAACAAACACUUACACACUAUAAAACACAGAUUCACUGAGAAAGUCUUUCCAUUUUUCUAUGUUGAUGAAACGGACGCUCUGCUCAAGAUUUUACCUGUUCGGUUCUCUGUAGUACUAGAACAGCACGAGUAA